AUGGGUGUGCUCGGUGUACCUUGGCUCUAUCCGACUGAGGUCAAUGCUCUGGAGGUUCGAGCAAAGGGUGCUAGCCUGGCCAUGACCUCCAAUUGGAUCUGCAACUACGCCGUCGUCCAAGCCACCCUGCCUGGCGUCAAGAACCUGGGCUAUAAAUUCUGGAUUGUUUGGGGCGUCAUCUGCACGGCCUUCAUCCCUAUCACAUACCUCUUCUACCCGGAAACGGCGAAUCGUACGCUCGAAGACAUCGACAGAUACUUCGACGCCAACCGCGAGAUUAUCGUUUGCCGGAACAAGCUUGCCACUCAACUAUCGCGGCCGCAGAUCUAUAUCGAAGAGGACGAGCGCAUCGCGCACGUUGAUGAGAAAGCAGGUGAUUUGGAGGCUGGCGAGAAGGACCGGGCUACUGUGGAGGAGGUUGCUUGA